CCAGGGGCAUGUCAGCUGCCAGGCGUCAGGAGCCUCCCGUCAGGCCACUCUUGAGGGACUCCGACAUUGCUCCCAUUCCUGAUACGGAUGGCAGUUGUGUUGGCGUGGAGGUAAAACAGCACCUCCUGACAGUCAGUCAUUACACCAGGAACUACUCGAGGCGCCGGAUAGAGAAAAGGGAAGUUGCUGCCAGGGAGCCACUCAUCAGAUCAGGCAACUCAGCAAGCCCACUGGGCUGAGCUGUUUUUGGCGGUGACCGGUCUCUGAACUGACAUGCAGAGCUACAGAACUACAUGAGCACUGGCCAGGGAUUCAGAGACAGUUUAAGAGAAGAGAAUUCAAUAGACGUUUUCAUUAAUCUGGACUAAAAUAAUAUUUCUAUAGCCAAAAAAGUCUUCUUUAAGGGUCCAUGAUGUCUGGAGGCAUUUUCCCCUCUUGUGAUAGCCUGUGGGAGUCAGACUAUGCCAGCUGCCACCCCCUGGUGUGCCACCUGUGCCAUGGACAGUACCAGCAGCCAUGUCUUCUGGACUGCUACCACAUCUUCUGUGCCAGCUGCUUGCGUGGCAGAGCCUGUGACAACCGCCUCAACUGCCCCCUCUGCGGAUACCCCACAUUGUUGAAGGGGAUAAACACCUUACCUCCUGAGGACCGGCUGCUCAAGUAUCUGGUGGACAACUCUUCAGACAGCCAGGAGACUGUACUGUGUGCUAACUGUGAUAUGGAGAGCAAGAUGCAGGAUGCUGCUGGGGCGAUGUAUUACUGUAACACUUGCAGCCAGCCUCUGUGUGCAGAGUGCAGGGAGAUCACCCACAAGGCUAAGAUGUUCUCUCAGCACGAGAUCGUCUCGCUGGCCAAACGCACCAAGGAUGGCCACAGGAAGUGCAGUCUCCAUGACGAGCACUACAUCAUGUUCUCCACGGAGAAGAAGUCCAUGCUGUGCAUCAACUGCUUCAGAGACAUGCAAGUGGAGAGCCGGACUCACUGCAUUGACAUUGAGACAGCCUACGCCCAAGGUUGUGAGAUACUCGACCAGGCUGUGAUGGCAGUGAAGGAACUGCAGAGCUCAGCGCGGGAGUCCAUCGUCCUGCUCAAGGCUAUGAUUGGGGAGGUGCGGACCAACGUGGAGGAGGAGGAGAGCGCCAUCUGCUUCCUCUUCAGAAGCAUGCAGGAAAAGCUAGCAGAGAGGAAGGAGAUCCUCCUGAGAGCUGCCCAAAGCCAGCAUGAGGAAAAGGAGAAGGCAAUGAAAGAACAGCUCUCACACCUGGCUGCUUUCCUUCCCACUCUCCAGGUUCACCUGGUCGCAUGCUCAGCUUUCCUCAGCUCUGCCAACAAGUUUGAGUUCUUGGAUAUGGGCUAUCAGUUGAUGGAGCGCCUGCGUAAGAUCGUGAAGCUGCCGCACCGGCUGACCCCCACUCAGAGCAGUAAGAUUAACACAGACUACCAUGCUGAGUUUGCCCGCUCCCUGGAGCAACUGCUGCCCCUGGGUCAGAGGAGACCGCCAUCCAUCACCAGCAUCAGCGGCUGGCUCCAGUCCCCCAUGUCCAUGUCCUGUGGCUCCCCGUCCCUCAGUGACAUGCCCCUGGGCUCCUCCGGGGGGCGCCGGCCCACCUCGCACCGCUACAUUAGCACCAAGGUGCUGCUGGCGGAGGGGGGAGACACGCCGUUCACCGAGCACUGCCGCAACUAUGAGAACAGCUACAGGACAUUCCAGACAGAAAUCCAGAAGCUGAAGGACCAGGUCCAGGCCAUGCACAGGGACUUGACCAAGCACCACUCCCUCAUCAAUACUGACAACAUUGAGGAGGUCCUGGAGAAGUCUCUGCACGUGGACAACCAGAUCACCUCCCAGUACUCCGCUGUGCAGACAAUGAGAGCCCUGUUUGAAGAGAUAUGGGAAGAGACCUUUCAGCGAGUGACGAACGAACAAGAGAUUUAUGAAGCCCAACUCCACGAUCUGAUGCAGCUGAAACAGGAGAACUGCUACCUGACCACCAUUGCGCGUCAGAUCGGGCCAUAUAUUUUGUCCAUAGCGAAAGUCAAGGAACGACUGGAGCCCAGAUUCCAGGCACCUAAAGAUCUUGAGGACGACCGAACAGAGACCAUGCUGAAGAUCUACGAGGACAGCACCACAAGCUCAGAGUCAAAACACAGUAACAAUGAAAUCCAGUUGAGUGAUUACAAAUGGGACCCGAAUAUGGAAAAGCACCCUCUAAUACUACCGCCUGAGAAGCUUAAAACCAAUGAUUGCAACUGGCAAGGCAAGCAGAGGAGCCAGGACAUAACCAAUCAGAUACAACUUUAGUGCCAUGUAGGGGGACGCAAGGAACUCUCCUGUUUGUACCAACUUCUCUUCUGAAAUCCAGUAACCAGGCGACUCCAUCUCCACGGUCUGUUCACUUGACAUCCAUAUAGUCAGGACUGGUGCCCUUGUCAUCAUGGCAUUGGCCACCAUAAUGGAGACCUCUACCCCAUGAAGACAGCUGAGCCCACUGAGACGGACUCAAAAUGGCACUGAAAAAAAAACGAUCAUUAGUCGAGGCUGUAAAAAAAAAAAACGAUUGGCAUUGAUUGAGUUUGUGAUCUAUUUCAUGAAUAAGUAAUGUAUGGUUAUGAUGAAGUGGUUGCCUUUUUUUCUUGGUAGAGAUCCGAUGUCAGUCGAGAGGACGGAGCUGAAUGAUGAGGUCUCACCUCAUGUGGACCUGUAGAGAGAAACUUGAACUUUGAAACAUUGAACUUUUCUUUGUGUGUCUGACUCUCACUCACCGACUCUUGGUUGGUGUCAUGAAAACACUUUCUAUCAUCCAAUAUUUGUUGUUGAAAAUAAUAUAUUGAAAGAAUGUUUAAUGUAAGAAAUAUUCACUGAAAAUUGUUGAAAUAUACUGUAGUGAUUGUAGUGAAAUAUUGUGACAAAUAUAUUUCAUAUGAUUGAAUUCUUUCAUUCUUAAGAAGGAUAAAACAAAUAAAAUAAAUGUUGUUG